AUGUCCACAAGGAGCAGUAGCUGUGACCCGACCACGUCCUGCGAGCAAUACCGCCGACGAACAAGACGAGAUGACUUCUCGUCGACGACCCUUGCAAGCAGCAGCGGCAAUCGUUCCUUCCUCUCCAUCGCCGAUGAACUUCGAGUGACAAUUCUAUCAAAACUUUCAUCGCGAGUUGCAGCAGGCGGCACACCCGUCGGCUUAUUUUCCGAGCAGCGGCACCCCGUCGUCCUUCGUUUGGUGGCCCGAACAACAGAGGGAGCCCUUUCGGGCCCGUACGAGUAUAACGGAAGACGUUCGAGGUUUUUAUUGAGCAGCAGGAGACCUCGAAGCGGCGGUAAAUCGGCUUGCUUUUCGGCGAACAGCCUCGGUUCGUAUGACUUGUGGACCGGCCUUGGGAUCUCCGGGUCUCGCGCGGGGUCUGCGCUGUCCGCGUGCGGGUCGCGUUCGGGCGCUGGCGUGCGUGCUCGCGUGGUCGACUGGUCGCCGGGCGUGCUCGCGCAGUCUGGCGCGUCGCGCUGGGCGUGCGUCUGCGGGAAUGGGCGAUCGAGGUCCCGCGGUCGUCACGAGCGCUCGAGGUUGCGCGGUCUCUCGGGCACGCGGGUCGCGCGGUCUCUCUCGGGCACGCGGGUCGCGCGGUCGGCACGGGCGCUCGAGGUUGCGCGGUCUCUCUCGGGCACGCGGGUCGCGCGGUCGGCACGGGCGCUCGAGGUUGCGCGGUCUCUCUCGGGCACGCGGGUCGCGCGGUCGGCACGGGCGCUCGGGGUCGCGCGUGAAUUAUCUAAAGUUCAUAAUGCCUUUGGCGCAACUGUUGGUAUGCCUUGUGGACCGGCCUUGGGAUCUCCGGGUCUCGCGCGAGGUCUGCGCUGUCCGCGUGCGGGUUGCAUUCGGGCGCUGGCGUGCGUGCUCGCGUGGUCGGACUGGUCACCGGGCGUGCUCGCGCAGUAUGACUUGUGGACCGGCCUUGGGAUCUCCGGGUCUCGCGCGGGGUCUGCGCUGUCCGCGUGCGGGUCGCGUUCGGGCGCUGGCGUGCGUGCUCGCGUGGUCGACUGGUCGCCGGGCGUGCUCGCGCAGUCUGGCGCGUCGCGCUGGGCGUGCGUCUGCGGGAAUGGGCGAUCGAGGUCCCGCGGUCGUCACGAGCGCUCGAGGUUGCGCGGUCUCUCGGGCACGCGGGUCGCGCGGUCUCUCUCGGGCACGCGGGUCGCGCGGUCGGCACGGGCGCUCGAGGUUGCGCGGUCUCUCUCGGGCACGCGGGUCGCGCGGUCGGCACGGGCGCUCGAGGUUGCGCGGUCUCUCUCGGGCACGCGGGUCGCGCGGUCGGCACGGGCGCUCGGGGUCGCGCGUUCACAAUGCCUUAGUGAAUUAUCUAAAGUUCAUAAUGCCUUUGGCGCAACUGUUGGUAUGACUUGUGGACCGGCCUCCUUGGGAUCUCCGGGUCUCGCGCGGGGUCUGCGCUGUCCGCGUGCGGGUCGCGUUCGGGCGCUGGCGUGCGUGCUCGCGUGGUCGACUGGUCGCCGGGCGUGCUCGCGCAGUCUGGCGCGUCGCGCUGGGCGUGCGUCUGCGGGAAUGGGCGAUCGAGGUCCCGCGGUCGUCACGAGCGCUCGAGGUUGCGCGGUCUCUCGGGCACGCGGGUCGCGCGGUCUCUCUCGGGCACGCGGGUCGCGCGGUCGGCACGGGCGCUCGAGGUUGCGCGGUCUCUCUCGGGCACGCGGGUCGCGCGGUCGGCACGGGCGCUCGAGGUUGCGCGGUCUCUCUCGGGCACGCGGGUCGCGCGGUCGGCACGGGCGCUCGGGGUCGCGCGCGCAACUGUUGGUAUGCCUUGUGGACCGGCCUUGGGAUCUCCGGGUCUCGCGCGAGGUCUGCGUUGUCCGCGUGCGGGUUGCAUUCGGGCGCUGGCGUGCGUGCUCGCGUGGUCGGACUGGUCACCGGGCGUGCUCGCGCAGUCUGGCGCAUCAUCAUAAUGCCUUUGGCGCAACUGUUGGUAUGACUUGUGGACCGGCCUUGGGAUCUCCGGGUCUCGCGCGGGGUCUGCGCUGUCCGCGUGCGGGUCGCGUUCGGGCGCUGGCGUGCGUGCUCGCGUGGUCGACUGGUCGCCGGGCGUGCUCGCGCAGUCUGGCGCGUCGCGCUGGGCGUGCGUCUGCGGGAAUGGGCGAUCGAGGUCCCGCGGUCGUCACGAGCGCUCGAGGUUGCGCGGUCUCUCGGGCACGCGGGUCGCGCGGUCUCUCUCGGGCACGCGGGUCGCGCGGUCGGCACGGGCGCUCGAGGUUGCGCGGUCUCUCUCGGGCACGCGGGUCGCGCGGUCGGCACGGGCGCUCGAGGUUGCGCGGUCUCUCUCGGGCACGCGGGUCGCGCGGUCGGCACGGGCGCUCGGGGUCGCGCGCAACUGGGCUGAUAGGCUUUGAAGUGUUGCCUGCUAGUGUGUCUGAAUCAUCUUCAAGAUCAUGCUCAUACUCAGGAACAUCUCGUUCAUAA